AUGACUAGUCCAAGACGAUCAAAAAAAGGUGGCCAGUGUGUAACACCGAGUUUGGACUGGGAUUCACCGUCAGAUGAUACAGGAACAGUGAAAAGGAGAAGAUCUUCGUGUCCAGAAAGCUCCUCAAAACAAAAUAUUCAGUUUCAUGAAGCAAUAUUUGAAGCAGAGACACCUUCAGACUCUGGUAGUGGGACUUCACAUAGUAUUGGCGAAAGCGAUAAGACUGAUUCCCUCAUAGACGUAGAACAAAGAAUAUCAGUUAUUAUAAAUGAAAAUAGAUCAUCCAAAAGUACGUCUGAAUCUAGUGAUAUAGAUAUAAUAAUCGAUAGUGUUUUAGACAACCCUGUUAAUGAUGAUGCUCAAAACAAUGUGUUCCUGUGUGACCGUAGCAAAACUUUUAUUAGGAUGCAAGAAAAACCCUGUCCUAAGAAAGCUGAGAAGAAUGUUGAUAAUUUACCUCCAGCAAAAAAGUCUAAAGACAAAAAGCUUAGGACACCUACACCUAUGGUUAAGCUUAAUAAACCUUUAGAUGCUGUUAAACAUAAUAGAAAAGUAACCAAAGAGAUACCAAAAUUGGAUACUAAGUCCAGCGUUUUGCCAGUUUACAAAAGUACCGUACAAAAUUCUGACGUAGACUUAAAUGCAAUUACACAGAAAAAGAAGGUGGUUUCUAAAUUAAAACUGCCAUUUCCUCCUGCUAAAGUAAUGGAUAAGCCAAAACUAAACCUAUUUCCAAACAAGAGUAAUCUACAAGAUACUAAACCAUCGCCUUUACUUUCAUCACCAGUACGCAGAACAAUUUCAAAUGAAUAUGUACGGCUGAAGUUUGCCAAUGAUACUGUUGUCCGGCGUACUAUAGACGGUAAGUCCGUGCCAAAAAUUACUCCAAAAAUACAAUCCAUAAUACCAGAAAGUCCAGUAGACAGUGAAGAUCCUUUUUUAAAUCUAAGCCCUAACAAAAAAUAUACCGUUACUGUAAAUAAUAAAGUGAGAUGCGAUAAAGAUAACUAUGUGAUAUUUGAUCCUAAUACUGGAUUUAAGCCUGAAGGAGCGUCAAAGCAAUCGACAAUACCUUCAAAAGCUAUUAGUGAAAAAUCAAGAAUACCACUUAAGUCGCCAGUUGGUGAAAAUUCAGUUCUUGGGAGAAAGUCAGUGAGUGUUAGUGAUACCGACAGUGGUAUUUUAUCUCCUAAUUCACCUAUAGAGACAAGUGAUAAAACCCCUGCAUAUUACGUGAAUGCAUCAGCGUUUAGCGAAACGGCAAAGAAAUGCGCAGCGGACUUAGACAUAACAAUACUCAAUCCUGAAUUGGCGAGAAAAGCUACGGAGCAAGUAAAGACAAAACUAUGUGAUAAAUCAGAGAAGAGAAGUAAGCUUGGAUAG